GCGACAAGUAUAGUGUCGAAUGUAAGGCAAAUACCGAAUACUCGUUGCAAUAUUAAAUGUGCUUUUAAUGCAAUCUUGAAUUUAUACCAAUAUAAGUCAUGUCAUAAUUAUUUUCAUUUACUUAUUAUACGUGCAAACAGUGAUCAUAUGUCGACUUCAAAGAACUUCGCCGAUAAAGUAGUGCUGAUCACAGGUUCGAGCGCUGGUAUCGGCGCCCGAACUGCCAUUGAGUUCGCCCGAUAUGGGGCUCAAGUGAUGAUCACCGGUCGUAAUGCCGACAACUUGUCAGAAGUGGCCAAACAAUGUGCGGCCGUUUCGCCCAAUGGUCUGAAACCACUGGAAGUGUUGGCGGAUGUGAGCAAAGACUCCGACUGUAAGCGUAUGAUUGAAACGGCAAUCAAUGCAUUCAAUCGAUUGGACAUUUUGGUGAACAACGCGGGAAAACCUGCCAUUUCUGCGAUCACUGAUACGACACUUCUCGACAAAUACCGGGCAGUGAUGGACACAAACCUGCGUUCAGUCGUCUAUUUAACGCAUCUAUCGGUCCAACACUUGGAGAAAACUAAAGGCAAUAUCAUUAACAUCUCGAGUGUAAUGGGAAUAAAGCCUGAAACUGGCAUGUUUGUUUAUAGUAUGUCAAAGUGUGCGCUCGAUAUGUUCACCAAAUGUGUGGCACUAGAGUUGAGCCCAAAAGGCAUUCGCGUUAAUGUAAUCAAUCCGGGAGGCGUCAAAACUAACAACAUGUCAGGAAUCGGUUUAACCGCAGAGCAAAUUGAGGCCAUAUAUAAUGGAUUGAGUGGUAAAAUGCCGGUCAGACGGGUCGGUCAACCCAUAGACAUCGCGAACGCCGUACUCUUCUUGGCCUCAGACGAGGCCUCGUUUGUGACGGGCGUUCACUUUGUGGCCGACGGCGGGGUUCUCAACGCUAUCUAA